AUGGAGACACCAACUCCGGGCCAACCAAAUAGGAUGGGACAACAGCUCCCACCAAGCCAUAACCCGCCACAGGUGACUCUCGCUUUGGGAAGAUGUCUCAAGAACCACGCAGCCGGCGCAGGUGGCUAUGCUCUCGAUGGUUGCGGGGAGUUUAUGCUAGCACCCACCUCCACUCCAACUGAUCUCACCACCCUAAAAUGCGAUGUCUGUGGCUGCCACCGCAACUUCCAUUACCGUGAAGUCGACCAAUUGCAAUCACCCGCUGAACGUGUUGAUGUCAUCGAGAACCCGAACCAACCCCAACAGCACCAUCACCUCCCAACAACACCAACACCGACCCGCCUUGUUGCUAUGGCAAAUAGCAGCAGCAUUCCAAAUUCCCCAACCCCGUCCCCAAUUUCAUCAUCCUACAAUUACUACCCAGCACCACCCCACAUGUUCUUUGCCUUCAACCCAGCUGGCUUUCCUGCUCCUGAACCGGCAGAUAGAAACGGCCAGUCGAUCCUCACCACAGGAUCAAACGGCACCAGAAAAAAACGAUUCAGAUCAAAGUUCUCCCAAGAUCAAAAGGCAAAGAUGCAAGAAUUUGCAGAAAGAAUCGGAUGGAAGAUGCCGAAGAAAGAGGAUGAGACGAUUGCAGGAUUUUGCAACGAAAUUGGGGUUGAUAAAGGCGUUUUUAAGGUGUGGAUGCACAACCACAAAAACAUUAGUAUCAGAGAGAACAACCACCAGAAACACCGCGACGACGGUGGUAAUGCGAACGGCGCUAAUGGGUCAUCUUCGUCUUCCUAA